CACUGUUCUUCCUCGUUCGGCUCACUCGAGUGUCCGACGCGCGACACGGCAACAGGUGACGGGUCGAGCGAUCCUUCGAAAUCAUCGUAAAAUAUCACUGUCUCUGUAAUCACAAACGUGUGUCACGAUCCACGUUGUGCUCGAAUCGAUCAUCGAGUGAACGAAGAGUUUGUCUCGAUUUUUCGUUCGCUUCGACUUUUUUCAUCGUCCCGAUAUCUUCGGUUUCGGUUGGAGAGGAAUCGAGGAAAGGAAGAGAAAGAGAGAGAGAGAGAAAGAGAAAAAAGAGAGAGAAAAAAGAAACGGAAGGAUUCAGCGAGAGAAAAUGAGCGUCGAGGACGCCAUCAACUAUAAGCCUAGCGAGGAAGAGGAUUACUAUGCUCUGCUGUCGUGCGACGAGUCCUCGACGGUGGAACAGAUCACGGCGGAGUACAAGCUGCUGGCUCUCCAAUAUCAUCCCGACAAGAACGAAGGGGACAAGGAGGCUGAACGAAAAUUCCAACAAUUGAAGCAUGCGAAGGAGGUUCUCUGUGACCCCGAGCAGAGGAGCAAAUACGACAAAUGGAGGCAUAGCGGGAUCGCCAUCAGCUACAAGCAGUGGCUCGGUUUGAAGGACAGCGUGCACCAGUCGAUGCACUGGAGCACACCGAAGACGAAGGAUCGCAUGCUGCAGGACGGUUCGGAGGAGGGGGCCGGUUCACCGGGCCACGCGGGCAGGGGUCAGUCGACGAACGCCCACAGAAGAGCAUCGGAGGGAGGGGCGAACAUCUACUACGGGGCCCGCCGCGAUCUUGGCUGGGACUCGGAGGCGCCGAGCGAGGUGGUGAACAAGUUUCGCAACUACGAGAUCUAAAAGUCGAGUCGAGGUGGCGAUUUCUCCCCUCCUAUGUCCCCGUUAAGAGGGAGGGGGGUCUCUUGUGCGCGUGUGUCCAACCUCAAAAACCGUGGGACGAAGAAGAUGAAAUCGUUGACAUCACCCGCCAUCAUCGCCUCUCGUGGGAUUUGUGAUCGGCCGAUUAAAUUAAAUUCCGAGUUAUUAAAUUCGGUUUAUCCGGUUGGCUUCCUUUUGUUCCAUAAUCGAGAAUUUUUUUUUUCUUU